AUUCACUCACUACUCCUAAAUCCCUAAUCUUCUCCGGCGGAACCCCGUCAGUCGCUCACUCUGUCAAACACCACAACGGCAGCCCAUUCCUUUGUCCAGCAUCACUCCCAUCUCUUCACUGCGGCUGCUGCUACGUCUUCUCUCUCCACCGUCGCUGUUGCUAUGUAAUGUCUCUCCACCGAGGCUGCAACCUGUGACCUUGUCGCCGAUCUACUCUUCUCUGGUGUUAUGUGCCUCUCUCCGUCGCUGUUGUGCUCUUUGCUCACCCUAUCUCGUUCUUGAUUUAUCUCAGAGUUCCACUGACUCACCGAUUCCAACGAUCAAAACCCUAACUCGGAUCCGUACCCUACAGCAUGGCUUCCGAUGCUGAUAUGGAGGACUAUGGAUUUGAGUACUCUGAUGAGGAGCAAGAGGAGCAAGAUGUUGAUAUUGAGAAUCAAUAUUAUAAUUCGAAAGGUUUGGUUGAAACUGAUCCAGAAGGUGCACUUUCUGGUUUUGCUGAGGUAGUGCGCAUGGAACAAGAAAAGGCUGAAUGGGGAUUUAAAGCUCUAAAACAAACUGUCAAGCUCUACUAUCGACUUGGGAGGUAUAAAGAGAUGAUGGAAGCCUACAGGGAGAUGUUGACUUAUAUUAAGUCUGCAGUGACUCGUAACUACAGUGAAAAAUGCAUAAACAGCAUUAUGGACUAUGUCUCAGGUUCAGCUAGCCAGAACUUUGGUCUUCUGCAAGAAUUCUACCAGACAACUUUGAAAGCCCUUGAAGAAGCAAAGAAUGAGAGAUUGUGGUUUAAGACAAAUCUGAAGCUUUGUAAGAUUUUCUUUGAUAUUGGUGAAUAUGGACGAAUGAGCAAGAUCUUGAAGGAACUUCACAAAUCUUGUCAAAGAGAAGAUGGCACAGAUGACCAUAAGAAAGGAACCCAACUGUUGGAGGUUUAUGCAAUAGAAAUCCAGAUGUACACAGAGACCAAGAACAACAAAAAACUCAAGCAACUUUACCAGAAAGCACUUACUAUUAAGUCAGCUAUUCCCCAUCCAAGAAUAAUGGGGAUAAUCCAUGAAUGUGGGGGUAAAAUGCAUAUGGCAGAGCGCCAGUGGGCAGAAGCAGCUACUGACUUCUUUGAAGCUUUUAAGAAUUAUGAUGAAGCUGGGAAUCAUAGGCGGAUCCAAUGCUUGAAGUACCUUGUUCUUGCCAACAUGUUGAUGGAGUCUGAAGUGAAUCCUUUUGAUGGACAGGAGGCUAAGCCAUACAAGAAUGACCCGGAAAUUUUGGCAAUGACAAAUUUGAUAGCAGCCUAUCAACGGAAUGAAAUAUUGGAAUUUGAGAAAAUACUGAAGAGUAACAGAAGAACCAUCAUGGAUGAUCCAUUUAUCAGAAAUUACAUUGAGGAUCUGCUGAAGAAUAUCAGAACACAAGUCUUGCUUAAGCUCAUCAAACCAUAUACAAGGAUAAGGAUACCAUUUAUAUCUCAGGAACUGAACGUUCCCGAACAUGAUGUUGAGCAGCUGCUUGUGUCACUGAUUCUGGAUAAUAGAAUUCAAGGACACAUUGAUCAAGUGAACAGGCUCUUGGAACGUUCUGAUAGGUCGAAAGGAAUGAAAAAGUACACUGCCAUAGACAAAUGGAACACACAGCUAAAAUCUCUCUAUCAAACAAUCAGCAAUAGAGGUUAGACCUUGGUGUGUGGUGGAAAGGGAUAUCUAUAUUGUUGCUUCAGCAUGCAGUUUAGUCAUGUGAAUUAACUUAGCUUCUAUGCAGAGUUAGGAAAGUGUUACAAAUAGUGGGAACCAACGUGAAAAUGCAACUUGUGAUUCAUGUUUUAGUUUAUUUGGAAACAAUUUUAAAGGUGUUCAAUGUUGUGUAGAAGGGUUUGAUGCUCCGUGAGCGCUGUUCCAAUUUAUUCGUCGUUUAGUAAAAUAUAAUGCUGCAACCGGCGUCGAUAUAUAAUUAUAUAUUAUAUGAAAAUAAAAUGUGGAUGGUUUUAGAUUUGUUAUA